AUGCUUCAUGAGCAAGUUCCAAGAUCAUUGGCUUACUGCGAGGAAUUGGAGGUGAUAGAUAUUGGGGACAACCAUUUGAAUAAUACCUUCCCAUAUUGGUUGGAAAAUCUCUCUAAAUUGUGGGUUCUUGUUAUGAGAUCUAACAACUUUGGUGGUCCAAUUGGACAAUUCUCCCAUGUUGAUUCUCCCUUCCCAUCUCUACAAGCUUUUGACAUCUCUUUCAAUGCUUUUACGGGGACAUACCAUUGCAAUAUAUUCUUCAUUGGAAGUUUUGAAGUUUCUGGCUACUACUAUCAAGACACAAUUGCUAUUGUGGACAAGGGAAUAUACAUGGAGAUGCGUAGUAUCUUAAUCGCCUUCACCACUAUAGAUUUAUCCAACAACAAAUUCAGUGGAGAGAUUCCAAAUGCCUUGGGAAGUUUAGAAUCACUCAUACUGCUCAACUUGUCAGGAAAUAGUCUCACCGGUCAAAUUCCAUCUUCACUGGGAAAUCUAAGAGAACUCGAGUCAUUGGAUCUUUCAAGAAACUCUCUCAGGACAAAUCCCUACCCAAUUGACAAGUUUGACAUCACUUGA